CCUCCUCCACCACUUUCUUAGGUGCACUUUACUUCUCCAAUAAUAAUAAUAUUCCAAUGAAGCAAAAAAUUGCUUUGCUUUUCUUUGUUCUCCUUCUUUCUUCUUUCUCAGCUUAUGCUCGCCUUCUUUUACAACAAGAAGGCCCAAAACAAGGUCAAAAUGAAGUGAUCAUUGGUAACACUCUUGUUCACACAUCCAACAAUGAUGAGCUAAAAGAUGAUAUUAAAGAAUUAAUGGGAUAUGAAAAUUGCGAUGAGAAGAAUGAAGAAUGGUAUGGUAGAAGGAUGACUUUGGAAGCGCAUUUGGAUUACAUCUACACUCAAAAUGUACACCAUAAGCCUUGAUGCGUUAAUUAAUUAAUUGGACAUGCACAUUAAUUACCUAGUCCGAAUACAAUGAUGAAACGUUAAAUAAUAUAUAAAAAGUAAAUCCAAGAUCGGUGCUAAAAAUAAUGUAUGCGAGUGUCAAAUUUUUUAAAAGAGAUUAAAGGAAUAUUAGAAACUCUCCAUCCUCUUCCGUUUAAA